GAAAAAAGACUUUCAGAUACGUGUCACUGUGUCAGCCAUCCAUCACAAGAUCAGAAUCAAUCUGACGGCUACUGGAGUUUAUAAAUACCGUUACCUAAGUGGGAUUAAUCAACAAAAGCUUCGUAUUAAUCACAACAGUUUCAAUCAAGAAUCAAAAAAGCUUUUAAUAAACCCAUUAAUUUCUUCUUUAUUUUCCGGGAAAAUGAAUUAUCUGCGUCAACUGUUUCGCGUGGAUAGUAUUGUUGAGAUAAACAUAAGAAAUGCACAAUAUUAUCCGGCCAAGAUUCUUGAACUAAUCGGAGACGGCCACACCUAUAAGGUGCAGUACUUGGCCCGUUUCGCUGAUCAAGAACUCACAACGCCGAUCAUUUCAGUGGUUCCCGUGUGGGCUAUGAGGCCUCUUCCGCCGCUGUUGACUGAUCGGAGUUUCAAGGUGCAAGAUAUUGUGGAUGUUAUGUUCAAAGGCAGUUGGCUCAAAGGAUAUUAUAUUGCAACAUUAAGAGGUCCUGAUCAGUACGUUGUAUUUGUGCCUGAGCAUGGCAACAUUUUCUCCGAUCAGAUUCGGUUCCAUGGCGAUUGGCUGGCCUUUCCGGUUUACGGGUUUCCAAUUAAAAGCGAACAUGAUAAAUUACCGGGUCUGAAGGUCCUCCCAAUUUCUCUAAGGCAUCCUCAACCAAAUGUUCCUCAAAUUGCUGCUGCUGAAGAUAACCGUGAUCGAGCAACUGGUUGAUUUUGACGGUGAAAUGUGAACCGUAUUUUCUGGAGAAUUAUGAUAAUGAAUGUGUAGUUAGUGGCGUUAAUUGCCAGGUUAUGAGUUUAGUUCUAAUUGUUCAUUUGGUAGAUCAUCUGCAUGCAAUUGAGUUUAUAUGAUACCUUUUGGCUUAUUUUAGUUUUGGCAUUUAUGUUCCAUUUUGAUACUAAACAGUAGAGUCUGUAUUAUUCUUUGCUCUGGAAACUGAGGGUUUUUAACUCUAUAUAAUGUCAGUAAUUCUGCAAAUAAACAAGAAGAUUUUCAACUAUUAUGUUGAAUCUCUUUCGAUAAUUUCGAA